AUGGGCAAGGAACUCACCGCAGCGCAGAAGGAGCUCGUCAAGGUGUUCGUGACGCGCGAAGUGGCCGAGGGACCCGUCAAGUGCAACUACUGCGACAAGGAGAUCACCUCGCGCAACGUCGACCGCUGGGCGUCGCACCUGCGCGGAUGCGUCAAGACGCCGGCCGACAUCAAGGCGCAGAUCCAGCCGCACCGUGACGGGGAGGAGGCGCCUCCCGCUCCGACCAGCGCUGCCGGGCGAUCGGUGCACGUGUCCACGGACUACAUGAAGUUCAACGCCGCGCACUUCAUUGCAUACAAGGGGUUCCGGGAGAAGCUGCACGGACACAACUACCGCCUGGCCGUCACUAUCACAGGUCAGGUUGGACCGGACGGAUACGUGGUUGACUUCGGUGAGAUCAAGAAGAUCUCGCGCGUCAUCUGCAAGGACCUGAACGAGUCGUUCCUGGUGCCGAUGAAUAGUGAUGCUCUGAAGAUUUCGUUUGAUGGCACGAAUGUCCACAUUCUCACGGAAGACAACGCCAAGUUCAGCUUCCCGAAAUCGGACUGCUCGCUGCUGCCGAUUGUCCACUCAUCGGCUGAGGAGCUCGCCAUUUACAUCAGCAACCAGCUCAUUGACUCGUUUACGAUCGUUGCACUCUUGGAGCGCGGCGUGCGGAAGCUGGAGGUGAGCAUCUCGGAGGCCAACCAGCAAUUCGCCACGUACGAGCGCACUAUUCUUGCGUAA